GCGCGUGUGUGUAUAUGCGAUAGAGAGAGAGAGAGAGAGCUGGUCGUCGUGGCGAUGGGUAGAGAGACAGACAGAGCCGAGGCGCGCUCCAACAAGCGCCUUCCGUCCUACGCCGCUAUGGAAACGAGCGAUGUACGCCGCCGGGAGGAUGAGGCAGGUGUGUGACGGCGAUGCGGAAGGCGUGCACGGGUCGUGGUCAUGUGACCCGACCCCACCAUUGGUGACAGGGUCAUGGAAGCACCUGGGUCCUACUGCCCCCUGAGUUACUGCCCCAACACAGCCGGUUGUGUGUGUGUACGUGCGUGUUAGGUGUCGGCUCCGAUGAGAAUGUCUGAAGUUGCGCUGGAGGAAAGAGGCUGCGAUGCGAUGAAAGUCCUCGAGAGCGACGGCCCUCCCGAACUGCACAGCCCCGCCCACGCACACGAACACAACGCCACACACACGCAGCACCAAGAGCACACACCAAACAAGUGUGUGCAAGAACAGAGCUGCACGGACCUCAGUAACCAAACACAGCCGUCCACCACAGCAGGACAGCCAAUGAGACGUUCCAAGUCAAACGCAAAAGUAAAAUUAGUCCGGAGUUUGGCGGUGUGUGAAGAAUCGUCGCCACCCACAAUCUCAGAGCCAUCACAUCAGGAUAAGAUCCAUUUGCAGCUCAGCCAGGCUUCGGAGAAAGAGGAAGCUGCCAGCGGGGAUGAAGAACAUGGCGAGAAGAGCCCGGAAAAGACAGAGCGAGCCGACAAAGCGCCAAGAAGAUCACUGUCGAGAGACCCCAGUCAGGAGUACACCGACUCCACAGGCAUCGAUCUCCAUGAAUUUUUGGUCAACACACUGAAGAAUAAUCCUCGGGACCGAAUGAUGCUGCUGAAGCUGGAGCAGGACAUUCUGGACUUCAUCGGCAACAACGAGUCCCACAAGAGGAAGUUCCCCCCUAUGACAUCAUACCACCGGAUGCUGCUGCACAGAGUGGCGGCGUAUUUCGGCUUAGAACACAACGUCGACCAGAGCGGCAAAUCGGUCAUCAUCAACAAAACCAGCAAUACCAGGAUACCGGAUCAGAAGUUCUCGGAGCAUAUCAAAGACGACAAAACCGACGAUUUCCAAAAGCGCUACAUCCUGAAGAGGGACAGUUUAAGUCUAGACCAGGAGGAUGGAAGGCUGAGGAUGCGCCUGAAGGACGACCGGAGGAGCAAAUCCAUCGAGGAGAGAGAGGAGGAGUACCAAAGAGCACGAGAGCGGAUCUUCGCUCAGGAUGGUCAAGAUCAUUUCCAGGUUGAUAAACGGAUUCAGGAGGACAUGGGUUACAUUAGCAGCCAUCAGAAACGGCAAAUCUUCAGGUUGAGGGACAGCAGCUCGGAGAACGAGCCACGAAGCCUGGAGCCACGGCCAUGGAGCAGCACAGACUCGGACAGCUCGCACAGAAACGGCAGGCCGGCCAUCACUAAAGCCAGCAGCUUCAGCAGCAUCAGCGUGCUGAUUCGCAGAGACAGCACUGCUAGCAGCAGGAGCACAGGGAGACUGUCUAAAACUGGUUCUGACUCCUGUAGUAGUGUAGGUUCGUCUACCGGCUCUCUGUCUCGUCCCGCCUUGUCGUUACCCAUCCAAGCUGUGCCCGCUCCGACCAGGCAUGUCGGUGCAAGCACCAGAGACCCGGGCCCUCCGAUGUCCGCCACGAACGCCACCACCCGUGCUGAUACUAACACUAGUGCUAACGCUAACACAAGCUACUACCUCCUUCCUCUGGAGGCCUCAGGCAUCCCAGCGGGCAGCGUGCUGCUACACUCUCAAACAGGUCAGCCAUUCGCGAGCCCCGACGGCGCCACUGUGGUCUACAACCCCGGCUUGACAUCACAGCAGGGGAGGGGCCAGCAGCACAUGGCUCCGCCUCCUCCACCUCCGCAGCACCAGCCAACCAAUCAUGUUGUAACACAGCAUUGUGGUCAGUGUGUGCAGUACUCAACGAUCUCUUAUCCUCCUCCGCUCCUGCCUGUUCCUCUAAACCAACACUACACUGUGCAGGACAGUCUGGGAAACCAGUUCAGCCAGUUGAGCCUGGCACCGGGCGAAGUGCCAGACCACCAGACGGGCGUCUAUUCCCACUCCAUGGUGCUCCAGAAUCCGGCCCCCACCGGCUACAUGCUCCAGCCUGGUCAGCCUGUCCCCGUGCCCACAUACCCACCACCCACACCCAGCAUCCAGCAGCAGGGAUACAUACAGCAGCCUGUGCAGCAGAUGUCAGCGUGUUACUGUGCUCCUGGUCAGUAUCCCCACUCGAACCAGCACUACAGACCAGUCACCCCAGUACACUACAGCGGCCCCCAGAGUCAACCAGUGCCACCACAACAACCAGGUUAUCAGACCAUCAUGCCCAGUCAAGCUCCCAACUACCAAGGCAUGAUGGGAGCUCAGCAGCCUCAGAGCCAAUCACUGGUCAGUAGCCAGGCUGGGAUAACCAAUCAGAUUCAGGGUGUGGUGGUGCAGUACCCGCCCAUGCCGCCCUAUCAGGGCUCCCAGAAUGUUCCUCAGCCAGCCUAUCAGCAGCAGCUUGUUCUGCAGGGGCCGACCAAUCAGACCCCGGUACCCUCAGCCAGCAUGCAGGUGUACUACAGUGUGCUGCCUCCUGGACAACACUCCACUGUUAGUUCCACCGUGGGCUUCCUGCCACCUCCGGGUUCCGAGCAGAUGCAGUUCCCCAGGGCCGCCUCUCCCUGUGGCUCUCAGCCGAUCCCGGCGCAGCAGUGCACAGGUGUACCUCCGGCGCCCCCUGGUGGCAGUGGUGUGCUGAUGAUGCAGCUGAGUGUGCCUCCCCCUCCUCCUCCUGCUGCUACCCAGUGGAAACAAAACAAAUACUACAGCCUGGACCAGCAGCACCAACACCACGGCUCCAAACCGUCAGAGCUGGGCCUGGUGGACACGUCACAGGUGCGUUCACACCAGAACAGUCCUCAGCUGACCAGCCCCGCCCCUUCUCCCGCCCACUCUCCUGGUCCGCCCCAUCUGGCCAAUCUAAAGGGAAUCCGUCCCGGUCUUGCCCCUCUUCCAAUAAUGCCUCAGUUCUCUCGCCCCUUUCUUCAAGGUGAUGGCAGAUAUCCUUUACUUGGACAGCCUUUACAGUACAAUCAUCCUAUCCGACCUCCUCUAAUGCACGGCUCCCAUCUGGUCAACCACCACCACUACCAUCAUCACCAUCAGGGUCCUAUGGGAAUCCGUCAUGGGGGGCGUGGCCGAAGACCAACAAAGAAAUCACUGUCCACUGAUAGUAACACAGGGGAGAUAGCGACCGGUCGUGUCCUGGAGGUGACGGACCUGCCAGCAGGCAUCAGCCGCGCCGAGGCCGACUCUCUGCUGGCAGAGCUGGGCAAGGCAGGCGCUCUGAUCAAAUGGCUGCCGGAGCAGUCCCAGCACCCCCAGCGUUCGGAGAGCAGCACCGUGACGGCCGACCCCUCGGUCAUGAUCCCGCGCGACCUCGCCUCUACCUACACCAUCCUGGCCACCUUCCCAUCAAAGCAAGCGGCGCAGAGCGCGCUGCUAAAACUCAACACCUCCAUUGGCACAUUUAGACUCAAGGCCAUCCAGAGGGCUGGCUCUCAGUGAGGCCACGGCUCCUCAUCCUCAACCCCCACCCCACCCCACCACCACCAUUUCCUGCCUCAC